AUGCUGCGGGCCGGUGAGGCGGACAUCGCCGAGAUCCCGCGCGAGCUCCAGGGUGAAAUCGUCAAAGCGGGGUAUGCCAUCACACAGAGCACGUUGCCAGCCUUCAUGGUCUGGGUAGGCAUUGGUGGCCAGUAUCUUGAGGACCGACGGGACGCCAACGAUCCCCAACACCAACGUGCUCGUGCGCCGGCAAUGAACCAUGCCAUUGACCGAGACGCCAUCAAUGAAGCCUUCUUCGACAACAAGAUGGAAAUGAUGGCCAACACCGGCUGGCACCCGACGGACCCGGCCUACAAUCCCGACUGGGAGAUCCCGGCCUACGACCCCGACCUGUCUCGCCAAUUGCUGCAGGAGGCGGGAUACGCCGCGGGUGCGGGACCCACCGUCGAGUUCAUGGCGGGCAAGCUCGUGGGUGUCCCUGAAUUGACCGAGAUCGCGGUGCCAAUAAUCUCCUGGCUCGAGGCGGUUGGGUUCUCGGUUGACUCCCAGAUCGGCGAGUUCCAGCCCAUUCGGACCCGCUACAAAGCUCGCGAGAUGAACAGCACGCUGUGGACCCACCGGACCGGUUUCUGGCCGUCGGGUCGCAAUGUGCGGGUUUACUUCGUCAGCCCCAACCAGCAGGGAGCGGUGUACAUGUACGAGGAUCCGUACGUGGAGCAGGAGUAUGACCGCUGGAAGACCAGCGUGAACGCAGAAGAACGCGAACAAAUCAUGCGCGAAGUCGGCCAGUUCAUGUACGAGCAGAAUGCCACGAUGCCGCUCGGUUUCCUGUUCGCUGAAUUCGGUAUCAACCCGGAGGUUAUCGUCGGAUACUCGGUCAACAACAGCUACUUCGGUGGCAUGAAGGGCCACGAAUACACCAGGGUAGUGCGCAACUGA